AUGGUUAUUAGUAAGAAUGUUAUUUACAAUCCUGCAGUAUUUCCCAUUGAACGUGAAAUAGUGGUUGAAGAAAACGAAAGAAGUACACUUGAUUGUACAAAAUUUCCACGGGAUAUUGACAUAAUAAGAUCACUUCCAUUUCCUGUCCAACUAAGUCCGACAAGCACAGUGGCAAAAACUUUUGCGUUAAUGAAUAAUAAUAAUGAUGUUACUGAAUUAACUAUUUAUAAAGAAAAUUUAUUUUAUGAAUUUAAUUUGGAUGAUCAAACUGUUCGAAGUAUACCAGCAGAAAUUGGACAAUUAACACUUCUUCGUACUUUACGUAUUUAUGAUAGUCCAGUAUUACAUCUACCUAACGAGUUUGGAAAUUUAAAACUAUUAGGUACUCUCAUAAUUAAAAAUAGUUCUUUAUAUGAUUUACCAACUGCUAUAGAAAAUCUUUCUGUAUUAACCACAUUAGAUUUAUCUUAUAAUAAUUUAAAAACAUUACCAUCAACAAUCGCAUCAUUAAGAUCAUUACAAACAUUAGAUAUACAAUCAAAUCAAUUAACAUCGAUUAACGAAUUAAAUAAUAUGAAUUCAUUGCGUUAUUUAUAUGCUCAAAAUUGCAGUAUUACUCAUCUUCCUAAGAUUAUGUCACAGUUAAUAUAUUUAUAUAUGUCUUAUAAUCAUUUACAAGAUUUAAUUGGUAUAGGUACUUUAGGAACUGUAAGUCAGAUGAAAGAUUUUGAUUUCGGUUAUAAUCAAAUUGAUUUUAUUGCACCAGAAAUUUCUCGAAUUAUUCGUUACAUACAAAAGUUAUCAGUCAAACACAACCGAUUAACAUACUUGGCUAAAGAAAUAUAUGAUCAACCAAAUGCAGCUACUACUUUUCUAGAUAUUAGUGAAAAUUUAUUUACUGGUGAUGAACUUAAUUCUAUCAAAGCAACAAUAAAAAUCAAAUUACCGGCUAUUAAAGUUACUUAUUAA